UUCUUUUGUUCAGCACGAAAUCGUAAUGCUAUAAUUGGAGUAAGGAAAUUGACUUUUGAGCCCAAUGGCAUAUUUAGAAGCCUGAAGCACAGCCGCACAGCAGCUGGCCACACCGCUUCGUGUGCCAUAAUGUCGUUGACCGCACAAUUUGUGCGCAAUUUGCGAUCGUUUCGCCUGGUUACGUUCGAUGUAACGGAUACGCUGGUUAAGUUAAACGACCCUAUUGGACAAUAUGUGGCAACAGCUGCUGCCUGCGGCGUCGUGGGCUUGGACAAAUCCAAAAUGGCCGCCUGCUUUGGACAGCAAUUCAAAUGGAUGAGCAAAACUUAUCCGAAUUUCGGCUGCAGCUCAUCAUCCAGUCCCUCCAUAAAGUGGCAAGACUGGUGGCGGCAAUUGGUCACUCGAACAUUUGCCUGUGUCGACAACCAAAUACCCGGCGAGAAAGUGGCCAUAAUAGCCGAGGAGCUGCUGACGCUAUUCCGCACUAGCGCCUGUUGGACGCCAGUUCCCGGUGCCCAGGAGCUGGUGCAUCGCAUGCGCUUGGCAGGCAAGUGCGUCGGGGUUAUCUCCAACUUUGAUCCCUCGGUGGCACAGGUGCUGGAUGCGAUGGGCUUUGGCCAGCAGUUCGAUUUCAUCUUGAGCUCCUACGAAGCGGGCGUCAUGAAGCCAGAUCCGGGUAUCUUUCAACUGGCUCUGCGGCAGGCGAAGAUCUCGACGGCCAAUCAGGCGCUGCAUAUUGGCAACAAGUACGACAUGGACUAUGCGGGCGCACGUCAAAGUGGCUGGAGCAGUUUGCUGGUGCAGCCCCAUCUCGAUGCUCAGAUCGAAGCAACGGCGCAUCACACAUUUGGAAGUCUGGCGGAGAUGCUGGAGGCGCUGGAAACGCAGGAGAUACGCUGGUGACCACGGACAUUUGUUAUUUAUACGCUGUUGUAUUUUAUUGGAUGAUGAAUUCUCUAGAGGAUUCUCACAGAGUAAUAGUAAACGACUAAAUAAAAAAAACUUAUUUCAUACUGUAUUCAGAAUUAGCGUGAGCAUCCGACUCGCAGCUACCCGGUAGCCAAGAGAGAACUUGGAGUAUAAAUCUUAUAGCUCCAGCUGCUCUAGUCGGAGACAAACAUGCUCGAGAUGAGGAUUACAGGGUAUAAAAAGAAGCUUAUAGUUAAUGUUAAUGCAUAAAUUACAAGUAGGCUAAACAAAUAGAACUUAUUGUACACAAAUUUAACACAUUAGCAACACGAAAGACAGUCGAGUGUGCUCGACUCGUAGCUACCCGGUAGCUUAUUUGUAGUUUACAAUUGAAUUUCGAAAACAUAUUUUAGAUUCUCUAAUUGCAGGGUAUUAAACACAGCUUACACUAAAUGUUAAUACACACAACGACGGACAGACGGAAAUAGAUAUCUUAAUUACAGGGUACAAAAGACAACUUACACUACAUGUUUAUUCCUAGCUACAAGCUAAUUUGUGACACGAUUCCCAUGCAGUUGGCAUCUCCUGUAUAGCCCGUUUGCUA